CGUAACGUUUGGCCAAAAUGACUGUGGAUCAUUUCGCGAGAAAAGAUCCCACCUUGUCGGACCGAGGAGGCGAGAUUCGGCGUGUUGAAACGAGGAGUCCUUGCGCUUUCCACGAGCGAGCGGCCAGACAGUGGCUUUUCCGCGUUGUAGCGGCUCUGCGCAAAAGGGGAGAGCGGAACCCAUGACAGACGAGCAGGGAGAGACAUGUUGCUACCGAUAGCUGUGUUUUUCUCCGGAGAAGCACGGGGAGAGGGGAUUCGACAAUGAAAGCAUUAAUUCCCCUGAACACAGCAGCUGAUCGGGAAUUGCAGUUAAUCGCGGAGGUGAGCCACGACCGCUCGUCAGCCAUCAUUUAGUGGGCAAAACUCAAGGCAGACCUCCCGUCAAUGACUAUUGUGGCAGAAAAGCCCCCACGGUGGAGUCAGCCAGUGCUGCGCUUUCCCAAAAUAUGACCAGCGGUGCUUGGAGGUGUCGGCAGCGAGAUGACGGCUUAAAAAAUUGGAGUGCUCCCCGCGAGAACGAGAAGCCAUUCACCGACUCCGAGAGGGCCCAGCGAUGGCGAUUGUCUUUAGCGUCCCUCUUAUUUCUAACCGUUCUGCUUUCUGGUAAUCUGUGGUUCUGCGCCGAGGCCAAACUGACAAGGACCCGAGACAAGUUCGCUUCAGUGGACAUGAGCGCAAACCACAGACCCGACCUCCCUUCAACACACAGCAGCCUCAGAAGAAAUGAAGAUGCUAUUUUUGUAGUCAAUUCUACCAAACCUUUGUGGCAACUAGAAACUUGCCAGCCGGAUGGUUUGUCUGAAAACUGCUUCACUUUUGUCGACGCUGACCACUUGUGCAGGGGCCUUUCGGAAACGGAGGGGACGCGGUGGAUGAACAUAAGCGAUUUGUACCUUUCCUUUUGUAAUUCGUACUCUCUUAUGGAUUUGCUUUAUGGAUCAUUAAGUCCGGACAAUUUGAACUGCAGCCUUGACGUGAUCGUGGACGGCGACCUAAACAGGUGCAGUCUGUGCGUUCAGGCGUACCAGCGUUAUGACCUGCACGCGCUGGAGAAAUAUGAGGAAUUUGAGAUGAUGGCAGACAAAUACGAGACGGAUGUAUACUCAGUAAGGACGUGCAUGGAAGAAUGCAAGUGUCGGCAGCGAGAUGACGGCUUAAAAAUUUGGUGUGCUCCCCGCGAGAACGAGAAGCCAUUCACCGACUCCGAGAGGGCCCAGCGAUGGCGAUUGUCCUUAGCGUCCCUCUUAUUUCUAACCGUUCUGCUUUCUGGUAAUCUGUGGUUCUGCGCCGAGGCCAAACUGACAAGGACCCGAGACAAGUUCGCUUCAGUGGACAUGAGCGCAAACCACAGACCCGACCUCCCUUCAACACACACCAGCCUCACAGGAAAUGAAGUGGUUAUUUUAGUCAAUUCUACCAAACCUUUGUGGCAACUAGAAACUUGCCAGCCGGAUGGUUUGUCUGAAAACUGCUUCACUUUUGUCGACGCUGACCACUUGUGCAGGGGCCUUUCGGAAACGGAGGGGACGCGGUGGAUGAACAUAAGCGAUUUGUACCUUUCCUUUUGUAAUUCGUACUCUCUUAUGGAUUUGCUUUAUGGAUCAUUAAGUCCGGACAAUUUGAACUGCAGCCUUGACGUGAUCGUGGACGGCGACCUAAACAGGUGCAGUCUGUGCGUUCAGGCGUACCAGCGUUAUGACCUGCACGCGCUGGAGAAAUAUGAGGAAUUUGAGAUGAUGGCAGACAAAUACGAGACGGAUGUAUACUCAGUAAGGACGUGCAUGGAAGAAUGCAAGGCUGUCUACAAGCCCUGGCUCUGCACUCAGUAUUUCCAGAGUCCUCAGUCAGGCUGCAGUCAUAAGAUUCCCUGUGAGCAAUACUGUCUUGAGGUCCAGCAGAGGUGUCCGUUCAUAUUGCCUGACAAUGAUGACCUUAUACAUGGUGGUACUCCCAGUUUUAUAUGUGCAGGUCGGUAUACAACUCUGUAUCGCCAGAACUGA